AUGGGUCUCACCAUCCUUGACGACUUCAGCGACGAUGACACACUCUCCAAAAUCCACACAAAACUCGAGCACCUCGCGCGCAUCUACAACUCAGGAAAACCGCUAUUUCCCCGCCAUCUUCUUGCCGAUUUAAACACGCAGAUUGAUCAGGGAAAUGAGGAAGUCCACAUUGACGACUUGGAUGAUGUGAGCCAUACGUACAGCCUGAAGGUCCCAGCUUGGUGUGCGGAUUUUGCCACAUCCUACCGUAUUGGCUAUAGCAGCAUUCAAAAUCUCACAUGCAUUCACCCGUCUUUUCCCGAAAUAAGCCUGCGCGACAACAGCCCUGUUUCUAUCUGCUAUACCUCGUCGGCGGAUUUUUACCCCAGGGCUUCACUCGAAGAAGUUGACCGCAAAUACGCGCAAAGCGUGGAGACAUGGGAAGAGAGUGAGACGUGCCGGACGCUUGUGGCAAGUUUGGAGAAGUUGAAGGCCAGUGGCGCACUGAGUAAGUCUAUUAGGAAGAUUGUGGGAUUUGGGCUGGGGAGUCUGAGCUUUUUGGAGGAUCAGUAUCAUUGUGCCAGAGCGCAUGCACAGCAUGCGGCUAUUCGGACGAUGGCUAAGGCUUUGAAAGCAAGGGGGAUGGAUGUGGAUGGCGACAUUAAAUGCUACGCACAGGACCCAGCUUACAAUGAUGUCGACCAAGCACUACUCCGGAAUAUUGGGAUUGAGCCGCUUGAUGACCCGAAAGGGUUUCUGGAAAUCGAUGAAGACACCCUCGUUUUCAGUGUCAGUCCCAAUGUGCCCGUCAAGCAGGUUGUCGCAGAUGUACAGUGGCCUGGGGCGAUGAUUUGGAAUACAGUCAGCCUGGAGGAGAAAGAGGCGCGGUGGGAGAAGAAAAUGCGCGACGGUGAGGAAUUUUGGGUUGUGCCUUUUACAACUGAUCCAGAUUCGCAGCGGGUGCGGAAGAUGGUCCAGCAUUACACAAGCAUGCCUUUGCACGACUCUGACGAGUUUCUCGGUGAUUUGACCAUUUACGUCAGAUGA